AAUGUGGCUACACCUACUUGACUAUGUAAAUACCAUACCAUAAUUGCUUCGCAAAAAAAACACGGCUCAAUUAGAAGAAAAAAAUAGUAUGAAAUUAAGUUGAUUUAGUUCACAUUUUCUAUUUGAUCAAACUCAAUGCAAAAUCGCUUUUAAGUUAUAAUACAAUUUUAUAAGUUAAAAAAAGUGCUAAGAGUAAAUAAUGUUUUUAUUAUGCAGUCUUCUGGCUUUUUACAGUUUAAGCAUAGCUGACGCAAGAAUGCCUCCGCAAUAUCCCGACUACGUGUACCAAAUCCUAUUGAAAGGGUCCAGCAAUUCUUCAGAAGAAGACUUAUCGUCUGAAGAAGAGGACGGAGAUUAUAUAUUUUAUCCCACUUUUGAUUGGAAGCCUUGGUGGUUUGUUAGAUGGCCCAAACAACACGAUUGUAGACAACCACUCGAUCCUGGUCAUUGCCCUGGCAUCAAUAGACGAUAUGGUUACGACAGCGACAUAGAAAAGUGCAGAUUCUUCAUAUACGGAGGCUGUGGGGGCAACUCAAACAAUUUCGAAAAUCUCGUGGAUUGCGAGCAGUACUGCGAGAAAUGGAAAUAACAAUAAACAAUUUUCUACAAACAAUAAAGAAAAUACUUUCUUUUUCUCAA